GGGGCGGGCCAUCACGUGACGCCGCUCCUCUCUUUCUCCAGCCCCUCUGCGCUGCAUCCAUCAUCAGGAACAGCGAGCCUUGAAAUGCUAGUCCAGAACGGAGGCGCCUACGAUCGCUCGCUUUCACUGGCACAAUAAAACCCGACUCAUCGGUUCCGGUUGUAGAUCACAGCCCACCAGCGGAGAAUGAACAGCAUCAGGCAGGUGCCCACCCGGGUGAAGAGCCGCAGGGUCGAGACCAACCUGGGCGCCGAGAGGGAGCAUUUUGACAAGCAGCAGCUCAGCAGCAUCAGCAAGGCCAUCAACUCCACCGAGGCACCAGUCAAGGAGAAACAUGCUCGUCGCAUUAUUCUGGGGACUCACAGGGAGAAGGGGGCCUACACCUUCUGGUCCUACGCCCUGGGCCUCCCUCUGGCCAGCAGCUCCAUCCUCAGCUGGAAGUUCUGCCAUGUGCUGCACAAAGUACUACGAGACGGACACCAAAACAGUCUACAGGACUGUAUGAGGCACCACAGCAGUCUGAUUGAGAUUGGGCAGCUAUGGGGCAACCUCCACGACAAAUAUGGACAGCUGGUGGCUCUGUAUUCCAAGAUGCUUUGUACAAAGAUGGAGUUCCACGUCAAGCAUCCCGAAAUCCGAGCCAACCUGGAAGUCACAGAUGAAGUCCUAGAGCGAGCUGCAGGGACAGACAUCAAUAAUGUCUUCCAGCUCACCGUGGAGGUGUUCGAUUACAUGGACACGGAGCUGAGGGUGGCUGAGACAGUGCUGCGGCAGCUCAACACGUCCAUCGCCAUCUCCACGCUGACGGCGGGCCAGUGCCGGCUGUCUCCGCUCAUCCAGGUGAUCCAGGACUGCAGCCACCUCUACCACUUCACCGUCAAGCUGCUGUUCAAGCUGCACUCCUGCCUCCCAGCGGACACGCUACAGGGCCACAGGGAUCGCUUCCACGACCAGUUCCACAGUCUCAAGAAUUUCUUCAACAAAGCGAGAGACAUGCAGUACUUCAAAAGACUGAUCCAGAUUCCUAAGCUGCCUGACUCCCCGCCCAACUUCCUGCACGCCGCCUCGCUGGCCAAACACGUGAAGCCGGUGGUGGUGAUCCCCGACGAGCCGCAGGACGACGAGGACGACGACCCGGAGCCGCUGAUCGAGGUCGGAGACGUCCCCACCGCCAGCAGCGCCCCGACCCAGCAGUUUGACAUCUUUGACCAAACCUUCGGGGCUCCCAACGGGCGCUUUGAUGACCGAGACCAGCAGAUUGAAGGCCUCAAGCGAGACGUGGAGAUGCUGCGGGCAGAGCUGGAGAGGGUGAAGGCUGAGGCCCAGCGCUACAUCACGCAGCUCAAGUCCCAGAUCAACAGCCUGGAGGCGGAGCUGGAGGAGCAGCGGGCGCAGAAGCAGCGCUCCCUGGUGGAGAACGAGCAGCUGCGUAUGGAGCUGGAGGCCACGCGGCGCCGCAACGCCGAGCACGAGAGCGUCCAGGCCACCUUCAGCGAGGCCGACAAGAGAGCCCAGGCCACUGAGCAGCGCUACAAUAAGCUGAAGGACAAACACACUGAGCUGGUGGCCGACCAUGCUGAUUUGCUCCGCAAGAGCGCCGACACGGAGAGAAUCCUGACCGCCAGCCACCAGACCCACGAGGAGGUGGAGCGCAUCAAGAUGCAGAUGUCGCUCGAGGGGGAGCGGCUCAAACGGGAGGCGGACAUGACGCUGGAGGAGCAGAAGUUUGAGAUGGAGAAGCUGAGGAGGGAGCUGGCUGACAAAAUGGCGGAAAUGACGCAUAUCAAGUCCACUCUGCAGAGCAACGAGAAGGCGGGCAUGGAGCUGAGCGGCUCCAUGACGUCCCUGCAGGCGGAGAAGGAGCGUCUGAUGCGCUCGGUGAGCGAGAAGGAGGCGGAGCUGUCGUCGCUGCGGCAGUCUGCGCUAGCAGAGCAGUCCUCCCUGCAGGUGGAGCGGGAGAAGAGCAGCAGGGACCUGGGGAACCUCCAGAGCAUGCUGCAGGAGAAGGCCGGCCGCGAGGAGCAGCUGAAGCAGAAGCUCCUGGAGGAGCAGUUCUCUCUGCUCCAGGGGACGGUGAGCGAGGCGGAGAACAUCAUCCAGGACGCGGUGGCAAAGCUGGACGACCCGCUCCACGUCCGCUGCACCAGCUCCCCAGAUUACCUGGUGAGCCGGGCCGAAGCCACGCUGGCCUCCAUCGACCAUGUGAAGACGGGCCACGCCCAUUUUGUUAAGGACAUGGCAGACGCCGGGGCCCUGGUACGGGCCCUCACCCAGUUCUCCCACCUCGCCGCCGACACCAUCGUCAACGGCAGCGCCACCGCGCACACGGCGCCCGUCGACCACGCCGACCGGCUGACGGAGAACUGCCGCAGCUGUGCCGUGCAGAGCCUGGCGUACCUGAAGGAGCUGAAGGAGCAGGCCAGCGUCCGGAGGGCCGACCCCGCCGCCGUCCGCCUCAUCGUGCAGAAGAUCCUCCACCUGGGGCAGGAGCUGCGGCCCAAGGGCUCUGACGUGCGGCAGGACGAGCUUGGCGACAUGGUGGACAAGGAGAUGGCGGCGACGCAGGCAGCCAUCGACGAGGCGGUCCGCCGCAUCGAUGAAAUGAUGAAUCAGGCACGAAAGGACACAUCGGGGGUGAAGCUGGAGGUCAAUGAAAGAAUCCUCUUCAGUUGUACAGACCUGAUGAAGGCCAUUCGCAUGCUGGUGCUGGCUUCCACAGACCUGCAAAAGGAGAUUGCGGAGGGGGGGAGGGGAGCCGCCACCCUCAAGGAGUUCUACGCCAGGAACUCUCGCUGGACAGAGGGUCUGAUCUCGGCCUCCAAGGCAGUCGGCUGGGGCGCCACGCAGAUGGUAGAGUCUGCUGACAAGGUGGUUCUUCACACGGGGAAGUACGAGGAGCUGAUCGUCUGCUCCCACGAGAUCGCUGCCAGCACGGCACAGCUGGUGGCCGCCUCCAAGGUGAAGGCGGACCGCAACAGCACCAGGCUGACGGUGCUGCAGCAGGCGUCCCGCACCGUCAACGAGAUGGCGGCCAACGUGGUGGCGUCCACCCGGACGGGCCUGGAGAACCUGGAGGAGAAGGACACCAUGGACUUCUCCGGAAUGUCGCUCAUCAAGUUGAAGAAGGAGGAAAUGGAGUCGCAGGUGAAGGUCCUGGAGCUGGAGUCUCAGCUGGAGAACGAGCGCCUCCGGCUGGGAGAGCUGAGGAAGAAGCAUUAUGGGAUAGCGGGCGCGGCCCUGGUCUCCGACGACAACGGCGUGUCGUCCUCUGCCUCCUCCCCGUCCCACGGCAGUUCGUUGUCCCCCAGGCUACAGCAGAAGCCCAGCGUCAUGAAGAAACCAAACCUGGCCCAGAAACCCAGCCUCCCGCCCAAGAGCAUGUUCAAGUGAUCGAGAGCACAAAAGAAGAACUGGACUUUGAUGGUCGGACGCUGAGUGUCUAAGCUUCAGCCACAGACCGUUAGCACAGGGUCUCUUUUUACAGCUUUUUUAAAUCUCUCUCUCUCUAUAUAUAUAAAUAUAUCUCCACACAUACACAAGUAAUUAAUAUUAUUUUUGCCAAACUGAUAAUUUGGAUCCCAGAUGCCUAUAUCCCCAUGUAUGUAGUAUUUUGAUUGUAUUUAAAACAUGUUCAUACAGCACCACCACCUCCACUGCUGUUAGUUGGUUCUUAGAGUGUACGGCACAAGGAAAGGAAACAAGGGAAGGAACCAUGUGUUCUUAGUGUGUAGGGCACGGGGAAAAAGGGAAGGAACCAUUUGUUCUUGGUGUGUAGGGCACAGGGAACAAGGGAAGGAAGCAUGUGUUCUCAGUGUCAAGGGCACAGUGAACAAGGGAAGGAACAGUUUGUUCCUUUAUCAUGCUGAUUUGUUUCAUCUAUUUUAAACCACUGUAUAUGAGCCCCUCGUGGCUGCAGAGCCUGCUGCACUGUGUUGAAUUGUGUCUAUCCUUCUUCACAUGUAUGUUUUCUGGUGACUGAAUGGUGCUGGUGCACGUGGUGCAGGAUGAGCACAACAACACGCCUCACGUCUGUUUUCUGCACUGUUUCUGUCAUGUUCUGUUGGGUUGUGGUAGAGCCAUGCCCCCUGGUGACUGGUUCUUAACUGAUGGCCGAGGGAGUCCAUUGGAAUGUAUAGCUUUCAUAGUGUGUUUGUGUUUCACCCUCCCUCCUCUGAGUUUUGCGUAAAGGGGCUUUGAAGCGCAUCUUUUCUGUUCUGUCCUUCCUCUGUAUGUACUGUCUUUAUACACUCAGAUCUAUUAAUAUAUUUUAGUAAAGAUAAAGGUGGUUUCCAUUGUAAGAAUUGUAAAUGUGCUGAAUAAACCAUGACUGUUUAUGAUUAA